AUAAGAUCAUAUGUGGACAGCAGAUCACUAAAAUAAAAUGUUGACUCUCAGAGCCUGUGAUUUUUGAGGGAAUUGGAUGACCUUAAAGGCAGAGCAAAGAACAGCUCAUCUGACAUUCUCCCAUUUCUUUUUGUACUUUUAAAAGCAGAAAAUGAGCACUGCCUCAUUUAGCGCUCAGGAUGCUCGGGACUAUUGCUGUGCCUCUGCACGUGACUACAAAGCUAAAUGCAUUCAAAUGUGGGCAGUGUGUGUUUUAAAGAGAGCUGCCACAAACAUUGGACUGAAGCAGCUCCUGCAGGAUGCAGCCCUCUGUCACAUUUGGCAUUUGGCAGAACUGAUUACUGACUUGCUACAAAGGGAUUUUCUCUUGUCCAGAAACAGCCUGUCCUACUUACAGAGACGCCAUCACAGCAUAACCUGCUCUUCCCAGCUGGUUCUGCUUUGAAAUACACCCCCACCCCCUUCGUUCCUCUUCAUCUCUCCCUUUUCCUCCCCCCCUAAGUCUGCUCGGAAAGCUCCGCCCCCAGCGCUCCCUUCCUCCCUCCUCUUCUCCUGCUCUUUGAGCCGCUUCCCCAUCGCGUCAGACACCUCCAUUCAUGAAAAGUGUGACGUGAGCAGGUCCUCAACAACCCUGUGACAAUACAUGCUGCCCACUCACUCACUCACUCACUCAUAAGCCCAGGUGCUGCAGGAAUCAGAGGAAUUUCUGUCCCCCCCUGUCUUGUUCAUGCCACUUAGUUUUCUUUCAUCGCUACCAUCAGGGCAGCCAUCAUCUCCUAUUUUUCUCUGGUUUCAAGUCGCCGUGUCAGAGCUGAAAAAGGACCAUGACUUUGAGCUCUAUCUGCCGUGAUCUCCAGCACUCAGACGAGCCAGUGCGUUAGGACGCGUCCCAGCCACCUCCACUGGGCAGUCCAGGCACAUGCGUGACACCAUGGGUAGCUCCCCAGAGGUGCUUUCAUGGACUUCCUGCCCCAGUCUGUUGGUGGGAAAGCUGAAGGAAGAGCUUAAACUCACGGUGGUUGGAGACGCCACAAAGAAGUCCAGCUCACCCACCCUUCAGCCCCAACCUCCUCAGGUUCCGCUGUCUAACUUAGCUCCUCAAAUUAUCACAGACCUCGCCCCACCAACACAGCUGCCAGUUCCCCUGCAGAUUCCUGGUCAGGAUGAGGACUCUGUGUUGGGGGGCAUCAGCCCAGGAAACAUGCCUCUGAGCUUAGACUCAACACGCAGUGAGGGCGGGCACUUCGACAACAGCGUGCUCCAGCUGCAGGAGCAGGAUCAUGAAGAGGUGGUGUCACCGGGGUCCUGCGAGCACCACGGGUGUGGCCAUGGCACGGAGGAGCAAAUGGGAGAGGGCGAGUGUCCUGUGGACCACAGUGGGGAGUGUCGACCAGGCCAUCCACACCACCCUGAUGACAUCAAACUGCACUUUCAUAGAGCUGGGCCGGGGUCAGGAGGCUUCCUGGAGGGUUUGUUUGGCUGUCUUCGGCCUGUCUGGAACAUUAUAGGAAAGACGUACUCCACAGAAUACAAGCUGCAACAACAAGACAUGUGGGAGGUUCCGUUUGAGGAGAUUUCCGAGCUGCAGUGGCUGGGCAGCGGUGCACAGGGAGCCGUCUUUCUGGGCAAGUUCCGCUCCGAAGAAGUUGCCAUCAAAAAGGUGCGCGAGCAGAAGGAAACGGACAUUAAACACCUGCGAAAACUUAAGCAUCCCAACAUAAUCAGCUUCAAGGGUGUGUGCACUCAGGCGCCUUGUUACUGCAUCAUCAUGGAGUAUUGUGCCCAGGGUCAGCUCUAUGAAGUUCUGAGAGCAGGACGGAAAGUGACCCCCAGGUUGUUAGUGGACUGGGCUACAGGCAUCGCCAGCGGCAUGAACUACCUACACUUGCACAAGAUCAUCCACAGAGAUCUCAAGUCUCCCAAUGUCUUGGUCACCCAGGCCGACACAGUGAAGAUUUCUGACUUCGGAACUUCCAAAGAGCUGAGUGACAAAAGUACAAAGAUGUCCUUUGCGGGUACGGUGGCGUGGAUGGCCCCAGAAGUGAUAAGAAAUGAGCCUGUCUCUGAAAAAGUAGACAUCUGGUCCUUUGGGGUUGUAUUAUGGGAGCUGCUUACAGGAGAGAUUCCCUACAAAGACGUAGACUCAUCUGCCAUCAUUUGGGGGGUUGGCAGCAACAGUUUACACCUUCCCGUUCCUUCCACCUGCCCAGAUGGGUUUAAAAUCCUCAUGAAGCAAACAUGGCAAGGGAAGCCCAGAAACAGGCCUUCCUUUAGGCAGAUUCUGCUGCAUCUGGACAUCGCCUCUGCCGACAUUCUUGGAACUCCUCAGGAAACCUACUUCAAGUCUCAGGCGGAGUGGCGGGAGGAGGUGAAGAAGCAUUUUGAAAAGAUCAAAAGCGAAGGCACGUGCAUUCACAGGCUGGACGAGGAGCUGAUCCGACGCAGGAGAGAUGAACUCAGACAUGCACUGGACAUCAGGGAACAUUACGAGAGGAAGCUGGAGAGAGCCAACAACCUCUACAUGGAGCUCAGUGCCAUCAUGUUGCAGCUGGAAGUCCGAGAGAAGGAACUGAUGAAAAGAGAACAGGCAGUGGAGAAGAAAUAUCCCGGAACCUACAAACGCCAUCUUGUCCGACCCAUCGUUAGGUCCAACGCUGUAGAGAAGCUCAUCAAAAAAAAAGGCAGCAUCUCACACAAACCUGGAAUGCCAACUACCAAAAAACCAGACUUGUUGCGCUCUGAUGUCAUCCCGAGUCUGGACCCUCUUCCCUCCCCCUCACCACUUUCAGCCAGUCCAAAAGUCUCCACCCCCCCUGGUAAAACUCGCUACAGAAGCAAGCCUCGCCACCGCCGUGCGAACAGCAAAGGAAGCCACAACGAGUUCCCCGCCAUGCUGAUACCCGCUGCUGGAAUCUCAGAGGACACCCAGUCCUUACAGGAACAACCCCUCCACCACCACCACCACCCACCCAACGAAGGGCAGUUUCUCCCCUUGAAAGGCCGGGUAGAGGCUGUUGUCAACUGUGCCAACAAUUUGCGCUACUUUGGCCCCGCCGCUGCCCUCCGCAGUCCUCAGACCGACCACUUGCAGCGACGCGUUUCCGGCUCCAGCCCUGACCUCAUUUCCACUGCGAUGGAUGCAGACACGCGACAGCGGACUUCAUCCACCGGUUCCAAUGCUGUAACAGGGGCUGGAGCUGGUUCCCUAUGUCCCUGCUGCCAGGCCCAUCCUUUCCCUGGCUGCCUAAACUGUCAGGAGACCCCUCCCACACUGAAUCAGCCUGAGCUGCCGCAUUACUCUCUUCUCAACACCCAAGAAAGCACCAAACCUUCGUUAAGUGUGACCAACAAAGACAACGUCUUGGAUGGAGUGGAUGCAAAGAAGGCUGAACCUCAGCAUUCAGUUCAGCCCGCUCUCACUCUGCCCUCUGCUCUCCCCCGGAUCCUCAGGCCACUCAGGAAGGGUGCAGAUGAGUCAUCUGAAGAGGAAGAAGGAGAGGUGGACAGUGAAGUGGAAUAUCCAAGGAGACAAAGAACUCAUCGCUGCAUGAGCAGCUUCAAGUCCUACUCCACCUUCAGCUCCGAGAACCUGUCUGUGUCAGACGGAGAGGAGGGAAACACCAGUGACCACUCGCACAGCGGGCCCCUGGAGAAGCUGAGCGCCAGUCAAGAGGAGCAUCUGGACGAGCUGCUGUCGCAUACUCCGGACAUUCCCAUCGACAUCUCCACGCAGUCAGAUGGCCUGUCUGACAAGGAGUGCGCUGUCCGCCGGGUGAAGACACAAAUCUCCCUGGGGAAGCUGUGCUCUGAUGAACACAGCUAUGAGAAUCCGCUGCAGUUUGGAGACUCGGACUGUGAUUCUUCAGAAGCAGAAUGCUCUGAUGCCACCAUUAGGAACAACAAAGUUGGGGCUCCUUCCUCUUGGUAAAAAAAUCGCUGCAGGACGCAUCCAUUUCUGCCUGGAGGCCAUCAAUGUCCAACAUAGUGCUCUGCAGGAAACACAGCAAUAAGAAGACACCAUAAAAACAAAAAACAGAGCUCUCCCUAUAGCAACAGCCAUGUUAACCCCUCCAGCUCUACAUUUCCCUUCUUUAAACCACAUUCCCGCUCGUGUAGCACCACAUCCAGGCAACUCAUGGCAGGGAUUCCCUUUUGAAUGAAAAUGUACAGCAGAUAGUUAAACAUUCUUAAUUUAUUUUUGUCUGAGUUUGAAGGAAAAUUCAGGACCUUUAUAAGUACUCUGAAGAAAAACUGACACUUUGAAACCAAGUAUGGGCUUACUGUGUGUGAAAUGGACUGAAGGAUGAUGCGUGGUGAGAAAGCGAAUGUGUCGAAGCACUUGUGUAUCUGAAGAUGACUAUUAAGACUGAGGAGCUGUGUCAUUUCAACGGUUGGUUCUGGAUAAGGAGAAUCUCUGCAAGCCGUCAUCUGGCAGCAUCUCCCCGUCUCAAAGGGACAAACAACACGCUUUCUCUCUUAUUGUAGUUUGUCAUCCUGCUUGAUUGUGAGUUUACGGCUCAGAGACCCAGAACUCCACCUCCUCCACUUCCUUCCUGUCCCCACUAUGGCUGAUAUGGAGAACAAUGGGGGGGAGAAAAAAACGUGAACACCAGCAUGAACAACCUGUCUGACUAUUGGAGUUUGUCCCUCAUCCUCAAACCACGUCAUUGGGGGGUCUCACACGCAUGCUUCUGCAGCUCUAAAGACGCAAAAUGCUGCCCAAAGACUGCAUGAAGAGGACGAGCUGCCCGAACAACACAGCUGAAAAUGAAACAAACAGAAUAUUCCUCUCCCUAAGACAACACAUCAUCAGCAACUACAUGUCAAAGCCAGAGUUAUUGAAGGACAUUCAGUGUGUGUGUUUGUAUCUGUGUGUGUGCGUGCGCAUAUGACAGCACUAAGCCCCUUCCGCAGCAUUUAACAUUACAGUUUCAAGUCUCAUCUCAGGAUUGCUCAAGGACUGUGAAACUGGGCUGGACCAAUUAUUGUUUGAAGGAAUGUUCUGAAUAUGGACCAUGCAGAUAUAUUUGGAAAAAAAUCUUACACAUAACUCAGAUUUAACCCUUUAUUCCCAUAUCAAACGUGUAGAUCAGUGCUGAUGAGUCCUCAGGUUCUCCUGCCCCAGAAUAUAUUUCUUGUUUUUCUCAGUUUGGGAACUAGAAGAAAUCUUGAAGAGCAGCUCGUCUUGAGAAAUACCCACAAAGAAGAUUUUGGUUGCAGAUGUAGUGUCCCUUUUUACUUGAAAGUAUUUUUGCACCAUUUCUCAUUUACUGUUUUCUAACUAUUUUAUUAUUCAAUAGAAUAGCAAUAAAGUAAUGUGAUACUCAUUAAAAGCAGAGGGGGGGUGCCCAAAAAAUGUAGAGGUGUCCCCUCAUCUCUGCAAAUCCUGAGGGCUUAAGGAGAAGAAGCAAGUCAAUUUACAUGUUGAACCUCAUCUUAACUCAAGGAACUGCUGUUUGUUUAUGUUUUAUGUUUUUUUUUGCAGAACUUGAUUGAAAUUGUCUAAUCAAGCACAAUCUAAAAAUCCGCCACUAGGUGGCAACAGUUGCACACUUAUUUUUAUUUAUUUUUUUGCCUUGAGUUCUGUUUUGGUUCAAACUCUCACUUGCGCUCCUCAAGAUCAUGAGAAACUACAAAUCCCGCCAUCAUACCUUUUUCUCCAGGUCUGAAUGUCUUUUAAAAAGGGAUACUGCAUUUGCUAGAACUAUUUUUUUAAACUUUAUUUUAUAUAAAGGCCUUCAUUCUCUUCGCAGAUUUCGUCAUCCAGGGUGGAAUUGAACACUAAUGAUGUCAUAUUUUUAGCCGUGCAGAAGCUUGAGACUUUGCGUUAGGAACCAAAGCCAGAGGCAAGCAUCCCAAGGUGCUUAUGGUUUUUCAGCAACGUCAUCUCAGUGUUAACUCUGUAAAUAACCAUCUGUAAAUGUAAUGUGACCUGUUUCGUCCUCUGCUAAUGUGUCCCAGCUCUGAUAACCAGGCUGAAAAUGAACAGGAAAUUCUUGCAUCAGUACUGUACACUACAAAAGGAGGUGCGAGUUGAAGCCUCAUUAGAGCAAUGUUGCCCUAAAACAGCAACUGGUGGAAGGAUUCCCUUUUAAAGCUUCAAAGGCUGCUAAAAUGCUCAAGCCUCCCACUACAUUCUUCUCUUUUGUUUACAUUCAGAUGAAAAAAAAAAAUCCUCGUGUGAUGUAAUGACUGGGGAAACUGAUCAAACUGUCGAUUACACUGUCUAUCUGGCAUAAAUCCUGUGAAGUACUUUGUUGUGACGUUUAAUUUAUUUUGAUCUAUGUUUUUCUUUCUUUUUUUUUUUUUUUUUUGUAGCUGGCCUACAUAAUUCUUGAAUUAAUUUAUUAGUAAUGAUGGUUGGGACUUCUUUUUCAUUUCAGGCAGCUUUAGAAAACCAAGGAGAUUCAUCCUGGGAAGUAUUAUUGAAAAGAAGCACAAGGAAUUGGUUUGGAAAGUAGACAGUAUUCGGAUGGUAAAGCAAAAGCAUCGUCAUAUCAUACGACACUACAGAGGACCAUAAAUUGUUUAAAAAAAUAUAUCAUUGCAGUUAAAGUAUUGGAUAAGCAUUUAUAGGUAGUUAGCGAGAUCAAGUGUUCCUGAAAGCUUUUUCUUCCUAUAGGCUGUUAGGAUUGACCACUGUCACUGCAGGGUAGACAAAAUAAAUGACUUGGAGGGCACACGUGAAUACAUUUUCUGUACUUCUGCAGUGAUCCCUUUCUUUCAUUUUUGAUCAAAAUACCAGUUCAAACAUGAAGAUUUCUGUGAGAUCGUCUCUCUUUCUGUGGAAAUCAUGUUGCCUCUUCCUGUGUAUCAAACAUCUGUUUCUUUAUUACUGUCAUUUCUCAUCUCCCACUGUUUUUGAACAGCGUUCUGAUCAACCAAUCUUAUCGGUUUCCUGAAUUAUCCAGUGUACAGUGCUAUUAUGGGAGAAUAAAGUCAGCUCAAAAAACUGCAUGAAAUAAAUGCCGAUGUACUGUACCAAACA